CAGACCCAAAUUUUCAACACUGGGAUUGUCCCUUCAAUGUUGCAGUUAUUCAAUUCUCUUGCAUCUAUACUGAUUCUGUGCUGUGGACACCGGUUCUACAGGGCCUACACUGACAGAGUUUGAAGUAAUGCAACAAAGCCUUUUUUUCUAAAUUUAGACAGGAUAUUCCCAGCAAAAAGACCUGAGCAAACUGAAUGCUGAUGCAUGCACUUUAAAGAUCUCAGGGUCUGAAGCUGGAGCACAUAAAACAGAAAACGGACAAAUAUAAAUAGAAAGAAGAGAUGCAGAAGCUGUAUGGUGUACAUAUGAGAACAGAACAGUGCUGUGGGGAGCACAGAAAGAGACUGGAGCUGUUUUGCCAGGAGGAUGAGGCCUUUAUUUGUGUCCUUUGUGUUCCUAGACAUUCCAGACACAGUUUUCUCUUCCUGCAUGAGGCACUCAGUGUGUAUAAGGACAAGCUAAAAACAGCCUUAUCAUCCCUGGAAUUAAAAGUCAGGCAUCUUAAAGAUCAGCAGAAGACAAAUGAGAAGGAACUCCUGGACAUACAUGGUGAUGCUUAUAGUUUGGAGCAGUACAUUAUGCGAGAGUUUACAGAACUACACCUGUUUCUACAUGACCGGGAACAAAAAUUACUUCAACAGCUUAAAAAUAACAAAGUGGUAGCUCUUAAACAGAUGGAAGAAAACCUUGAAUGUACAAAACAUGAUGCUGUGGUGGUCACCAAUGUGAAAGUACCCAAUGGCAGCUUUGAGUUAAGGAAGGAAAUAACACUGACUGUGGAAGAGAUGGAAGAAAAUGCUGAAAACAUUAAACAUGAUGUUCCUGCAAAAUGUAAAGCACUGCAUGAUAAGUCAGAGCCUAGAAAACAGGAAACUGUUGGUUUUCUAACUGUUCCAGAAACCUUUGAGGAUGUUGCUGUCAUGUUCUCAGAAGAAGAGUGGAAGAUGUUAAGAAAACAAGACAAGGAGCUUCACAAGGAAGUGAUGGUACAGAACUAUGAAAUGCUGAUUUCAGUAGGAUACAAAAUUCCACCUGAGAAAUUGUUGUUGCUGCUUAAAGAUGAUCAUGAUAAGUUGUUAAAUGAUGAUGUAGAGGGUAACGACACAGAACAGAAGGAGAAUCCUGAAGAUAAGCUCAACAGUUUUAGGAGGACAGACUGCAGUGUGAUUUGCAGUCAGCAGCCAUCACUUGGGAUAUCCCAUCCUCAAGAAAACCUACUGCAGUCUGAUGAGCCUGCGAAGGGCUACACAAAACUUCACCUAAGUCAUAACUGGAUCAAGAGCUCUGAAUGUGACAUUGAAACACCCUUAUUACAUCACUCUAGACAGAACCCACAGCGGUGUGCUCAGCCUGUGAACAGGUACAACAGGGUUCAUCCUGUUACUGCCCCAGAGUUUUAUUUAGGAUGUAACUGCAGCAGCAGCAGCCCUAAGGGUAACAGUGAACCCCCCCUUAUACAGCAUUGUGGUCAGCAUGUGUUGGACGCUGACAGACUUCUUCCCCCUGUUGUACCACAGCACCCAUCUGGACAUAAUUGCAACAAGAGGUCUGAAUGCUACACAUGCCUUAGUAAAAAGGAAAGUGCAGUGAUUUAUCAAACAUGCCACAAAAUAGAGAAAUAUAAAUGCACUGAAUGCAAUCAGCAGUUUAUGUGUCAAAGUCAUCUGAAGUACCAUCAGCCCAUUCAUACCAUGGAUUCUCACACAUGGGGAAAAACUUAUAAAUGUCCAAAAUGCAGUAAGUGUUUUACACAUAAAUAUCGACUCAGAAUCCAUCAAAAAGUUCACACAGGUGUGAAGCCAUAUAAAUGUGCUGCUUGUAGUAAGUGCUUUGCAAGGAAAAAGAACCUUAUAACCCAUCAACAAAUUCACACAGGUACAAAAGUGUAUAAAUGUGCUGAAUGUAAUAAGUGUUUUGCAAGGAAAAAGAGCCUUGUAAUCCAUCAACAAAUUCACACAAGUAUGAAGUCAUAUAAAUGUGCUGAAUGUAGCAAGUGUUUUGCAAGGAAAAGGUACCUUGUAGCCCAUCAACAAAUUCACAGAAGGGAUAAACCAUAUAAAUGUGAUGAAUGUAGUAAGGGUUUUGCAUAUAAAAAGUCCCUUGACACCCAUAAGCUAGUUCACACAGGAGAAAAACUGUAUAAAUGUGCUGAAUGUGGUAAGUGUUUUGCAUCGAAAAAGAGCCUUGUAAUCCAUCAACAAAUUCACACAAGUAUGAAGCCAUAUAAAUGUGCUGAAUGUAGCAAGUGUUUUGCAAGGAAAAAGUACCUUGUAGCCCAUCAGCAAAUUCACAGAAGGGAUAAACCAUAUAAAUGUGAUGAAUGUAGUAAGGGUUUUGCAUAUAAAAAGUCCCUUGACACCCAUAAGCUAGUUCACACAGGAGAAAAACUGUAUAAAUGUGCUGAAUGUAGUAAGUGUUUUGCAUGGAAAUACAGCCUUAUAAAACAUCAGCGAAUUCACACAGGGGAAAAAACAUACAAAUGUGCUGAAUGUAGCAAGUGUUUUACCCAUAAACCUAACCUUACAACCCAUCAAAAAAUUCACACAGGGGAUAAACCGUAUAAAUGUGAUGAAUGUAGUAAGUGUUUUGCAUGGAAAAAGAACCUUAUAACCCAUAAACAAAUUCACACAGGUACGAAACCGUAUAAAUGUGAUGAAUGUAGUAAGUGUUUUGCAAUGAAAAGCUACCUUGUAACCCAUCAACAAAUUCACACAGGGGAUAAACCGUAUAAAUGUGCUCAAUGUAGUAAGGGUUUUGCAAGGAAAAAGAACCUUAUAAGCCAUAAACAAAUUCACACAGGUAUGAAACCGUAUAAAUGUGAUGAAUGUAGUAAGUGUUUUGCAAGGCAAAAGUACCUUGUAUCCCAUCAACAAAUUCACACAGGGGAUAAACCGUAUAAAUGUGCUGAAUGUAGCAAGUGUUUUACCCAGAAACAUAACCUUAUAACCCAUCAAAAAAUUCACACAGGGGAGAGACCAUAUACAUGUGAUGAAUGUAGUAAGUGUUUUGUACAGAAAAAGAACCUUGUAAUCCAUCAACAAAUUCACACACAGGAGAAAUUGUAUAAAUGUGCUGAAUGUAGUAAGUGUUUUGCAAGGAAACACAACCUUAUAAAACAUCAACGAAUUCACACAGGGGAAAAACCAUAUAAAUGUGCUGAAUGUAGCAAGUGUUUUACCCAGAAAAAUAACCUUAUAACCCAUCAAAAAAUUCACACUGGAGAAAAACCAUAUAAAUGUGUUGAAUGUAAUAAGUGUUUUGCAUGGAAACAGAGCCUUGUAGCCCAUCAACAAAUUCACAUAAGGGAGAAUGGUGUGGAUUGACUACAUAAAAGCAUUCAAUAGUAUUCAUGGAUAAAAGAGUGCUUAAAAAUGUAUAAGAUACACCCCACACUGAUCGACUAAAUUACAGUGACCAUGAAACAGUGGCAGACUACUUUGCAAUUAAGCCAUGAUAAAGGACAAAUUGUUAUCCCAGGGAUAAAAAAUUCAAAUGGUGGCUAUUCCAGGGUGAUGCUCUGUCACCAUUACUAUUCUGCUUUGCCCUUAAUCUGUUUACUCAACAGUUCAGGCCAUGGCUAUACUCUGACUCCUAGAAAAUAACAGUGUAAAGACUUCUUACCUUCUAUUUGUUGAGGAUUUAAAACUGUAUAGCUCAUCAGAUGAGGACCCGAAAAUGCAACUGCAAGUUAUCAAAACUUUUUCAGAUGAUGGAAGAAUGUCAUUUGUUUCUGAUAAAUGUGCAAAAGCAACAUUUAAAGCAGGAAAACUGCAACCCCAGGAAAACAUCAGUUUGGAACAAGAAUG